CCAAUAAACUUUAAGAGGUCACCUCGUCAAUAGUUGUUUUAAUGUAAUGGAUUGCUCCUGUAAUGCUGUGUAUUUUUGCUGCUACAUGUUACAGGAUGGCAAUAACAUUUCUUUAUAUAUCUUUCAUUCCAUACAGAAAUGUCAGAGACUGUGGUAUUGCAUUGUAUGUUGUCUUACUCUCAAACCAGCUAAUGGUGUACACAAAAAAAUCAAGAGCAUGUUCGCUGGAACCUCAAAGAAAGUAUCCCAUGGCGGAUCUCCUCAUAUGUCUCAUAGAGAUGGAUCACAGUCUAGAUCCAAAGUCAAGAAAAGGGAUGCUUUACCACCACCAUUUGCCGAGACAAGUCUCUCAGCAUGUUUUGACUCAAAGGACCUUUUUAGCCCUACAUCUCUUCUCAAAAACAUCCCAUCUGAUAAACCCGUGUCUUUGCUGGAACUACCCCAUAUAAUCGGUCAAUUUGGCUCAAAGAAAGCCAUAGCUGAGGCAAAAUGGACCGAUGGACCUCGACUAAUGGCUUCUUUCUUAGAAGCUGACAUCCCCAUUAAAGCACGUCAGCUGAAAGCAGAGAGUCAUGAAGUAGAUAUGACAGCAUGCAAGAAGGGCAAAAGGAAAAUGAAAUAUAAAAAAGCUACCAAACUAAAAUAUGCUCUCACUGGCACAGAAGUUGUUCAGAUGUUUGCCGAGUAUGAAAAAAUAAAGGAAUUAUUUUUCCUGAAAGAAGUGGAUGAGAAUGCCUUCAGGCCUUAUGAUCUGCAAGUGGUCCCUGCUGAAGAUGCUGGUCCUGAGCAUUACAUCUUCUCUUCUGAUUUUGUACUCCACGUGACAAGAACAGGCUUUGGUGGAACCGUCACUCUUGCAGAGUGGCACAGAGAGUACGUUCUGUGGACAGCUUUGCAGGACAUACAUUUUUUCAGACACUUCAGAGUGCAAAAAGCUUUUUCCAGAGUACUUGAGGAGCUACAAGGAAUAAGCAGGAUGAAUUUGGAUGAUUUUAAAAACAUUUCAUUGCAAGAAUUCAAUGAAAUACUGGAAACAAAAAGGAAAGAGCUUUUCCUGUCUCUACAGAAGUUAUCUAAAUACCAUGUGGGACUUCUGAAUGUGGUGAAAGACGGCAGCUAUACAUAUCACAGGGAGCUUCUUAUGCAACUAGAACUUGCAAAAAAGUUGAAUAGAUCUUCUGAACCGAUUCACCUGCUCUUGGACCGCCAGCGCAACCUGAAGAAACAACUGACCCAGUCUGAAGGCAUCUUGAAGAAACUGGGAAACUUUGCAGCACUCACCCAUCAGAUGAUUUUACAGAGUCUUGUUACCGUCGUCCAUCAAGAUGCUAGGUCUUUCCUCGACUGCUUCAAGAGAGUUUCAUCUCAGCAGUGCAGUUUCUUCUACACUAAACUGUGUUUCACUGCUGAUGGUCAGCUCAGUAUUGAUCCACCAAUCUGUGAAUUCCAAAAAACACUGACAGAAUUCUUUCUUGGGGCUGGCAACAAUGUUGUUCAGAUGUGUGAACGUUUAGGAUUCUUCCUGGACAUCAGAAAAGAAGUUAUUAACUCGGAUCCAGACCUAACCUCAGAACUCAGUUGUAUUAAAUGGUCUACAGUGACAGGAGCAAACACGGUUCAAAUGAACAAAAUACUGAUUGGGAACCAGCUGCUGCAUUCUGAACCACCUUUUUUGAUGGUGCAAAGUGAAAGGAUUAAAGGCUGCUACUAUCCUCUUUCCAAAACAAAGUUAGAGUGGUAUAUCAACACUAUUGAUGUGACAAAACAAGUUCAGACUGAGCAAGCCAAAAUCAUACAGGUUACAGAGUUAGAAAUAGAGCAGGUGUGCAAGAGUUAUACAUGGUUAAAGGACAGCCAUCUGUUUGCCAGUCAAUGGAGUCCGGCUUCAUUGGAAUCCCUGAAGGGGCAGCCUGCAUCUGUGUAUGAAGAGCACAUUAAAAAGUUGCACCACUGGGCUCAAAGGAUCCAUACAGUGUGCCCAUCAACUUGUAUAUCCAGUAAUCUGAUUGUCAUCGAUUCUACCCAUUUAAAGGAAAAUCUAUUGCAGCAGCUUAGCCUCAUCAAGGAGCAACUUCAAGAGCAACUUGUUGACCAGAUGAAGAAGGAGUCAGAGAGCCUUAUAUCUCUCAUGGAGAGGAUGACUGCCGAACUUAAAACAGAACCAGAAGAUGUGCAUGACUUUUCAAAAUAUGCACUGAUGGUCAGGGAGUUUAUGAAAAUGUUGGCCGACAUGCAGAGCCGUUUGGAAUACAUUCUCUCGCUCCGUAAUGCAAUUUGCAUGUGCUAUAGGAAGAUAAGUGAGCCGGAGCUGACUUUGGAAGAGAAGAUGCUGGGAUUGUGGGACAAUUUUAACCACCUGCUAAAGCAGGCAGAUACUCUCGUGUCCCAGAGGCUUCCUUCAAUGUGUAAUGCAUUGGAAACAAUGUUUUCAUGUUUGGUCACUGAACUUCAAAAUAUAGUCUCUAAAGCCUCUUCCGGGCCUUUUGUUGACCCAAGCCAGAAUGCCAAUGAGAUGGUUUCUAAAUUAAAGUGCAUGUGUGACCAUGUUCAGUCACUUAGCGCAGAGCUGGAGGAAGUUAAUGGCAGCAGUCAACGCAUGCAAGAUCAGCAGCUGGACAUAACUACUCAGGAAGCAGAUGUCCAGAAGGUCAUAACUCGUAAAGAGUUGUGGCAGCUUACAGCUGAUUUUACUUCAUGGAGGGAGAAGUGGAGUCAACAACCACUUGUUGAGGUUGGCGUGUCAGAGGCUCAGGAGAAAAUUGCCUUUUGGAAAAAUCAGACAGAGUCUUUGAAAAGUCUCCUUCCUGCUGGCGAUGCGGUUCUAGAUGAAACUUCACGAGUCCUUGAAAGAUUAAGCCUCCAGAUUGAGGUCUUGGAAGAGCUAAAGAGGCCCACAAUUCAGGAGAAACACUGGGGAAUUAUAUUUCAAGGCAUGGGCCUCCUGGAAAACCCAGAGAAAAACUUGACUGUUGGUCAUUUUUUGUCAGCACUUAUGUCUGAAACCGAUCAAAUACUAAUACAGAAGGUAUGCAGGGAGGCCAAAACAGAGUGGGAUUUGGAGGAGCGCUUCCAAAAACUUUGUUUACAGUGGAAAGAGAGACUCUUCCAGCUGCAUGGGUUCAUUGUCCCUGUUUGCUCUCACUGUAAGGCUCAGUUUGGAUUAAACAAAAAAGAGAUACAAACAGAAUCCACUGAUUCCAGAGUUCAAUCUACCUGUCCAUACUCCUGUAUGGAUCCCACAUUUACCAUUGUUGGAAUAGAAACGCUCAUUGCUGAAGCUCAGAGGGAUUUGAUAACACUUUCCUACAUGUUGAAGUCUCCACAAAGUGUUAAGUUCAGGCUGCAGUUCGAGGAUUUUGUUCAGUCUCUAAAUGUUCUUGCUAAGCUGCUUGAUUUACUAGAAAGAUACCAGCAAAUGUGGGCCUUCCUGACAAAGACAUUUAGAAAGACUUCAAAUUAUGAUGAACUAGUAAACUUGCUUAACAACUUUCAACAAAUUGAUGAUGUUUUUAAAAGAGUGAUACAGUUGAUCUCAAAAGACCUGCAUGUGUGGAGCUUUGUGUUGUCUGAAAUGACACACAAACAUGAUGGUGAAAGCAUUCGGAAGAAUCUCAUGGAUGGUUUAUUACUAAUGGAAGACAUUUCCAACCACAUGGAUAAACUUUUUGAAUGCUUUUGUGAGCAGUUUCCAAGACUCUACUUCAUGAGUGACAGGGAAAUAAUAAAACUACUCUCCUUUCAUCCAUUGGUAUCAAAACAGCAAAUUUUCCUACGGAAAUUAUUCCACGGUGUGCAUCUGCUUGAAGUGGAGCAUACAUCAAGGUCAGAUACAAGACAUCUGGAGAACUUAAGGUCUUCAUCCAAAAAUCCUGAACAAAUGAAAGUUCUGGGGUUUUUUGGCAGCCUCCAGGAAUACAUUUCUUUUCAACCUCCUGUUGGCCCAAACCCCGAUACCCUAGCUUGGCUAUGCUCUUUUGAAUAUCACUUGAAAUUGUCAGUGCAAAAGCUCAUAAAACAAUGUGCAGCACUGCGAAGCCAGCUUGAACCUGUCAGUCAAGAUUCAAAAUACAACAGUGCAGUAGGUGGCCCUCAGUUGUGCGAUGCUACUAAAAUUGAAGAUGUACACCCUUUAUUAGAUUUGCUGGUGGAUUUUCCACUUCAGUGUCUUCUGGUGGUUGAGGAAGCAUUCUGGUGCCAAAGUGUUCUAAAGACUUUGGAAAAAGGAAGUCCUUUAAAGUUGAGCAAUGUCAAAACACACAACUUAUCUAAACUGAACAUCCUUGGCAAUGUCAUCAGAAAUAAAGUUAUUGGUUCAGUAGAGAAACCUUUGAUUUCCAAAUAUGGAAUGGUGUGUCUGCGUGCCCUGAUACAACUUGCAAUGAAACAUGAGCAGUUACUGUCUCGACUUGUAGACCAACCAGGGGCCCUUGAGUCAUCUUUUGAAUGGUUAAGCAUGUUGAAGUACCAUAUUAACUCAGAGGAGGGGAUUCUGGAAUGCAGUGAUAAUCCAUCAUGUUAUGUGGAUAUCUUGGACCACCAUUUCCAGUACGGCUUUGAGUAUUAUGGACCAGAUGAAUGGUUGAUGGUAAAUACUCCCUCUACGGAAAGGGCAACGCUUGGGAUUGUUCUUGCUCUUACAAGAUACAGGCCCGGGUUUGUAAAUGGACCAUCCAUGUCCGGAAGAACAAAUACUGUAAUUCAGCUGGGCCAAGCCCUAGGACAACCAGUCGUGGUUAAACAGUGCUUUCCAAGCAUGGGAUCUUCUGUUGUCCAACGGAUGUUGCUGGGUGCCAUUCAGGGAGGAGUGUGGCUGUUGUUGGAAAGUGUGGAUUUACUAUCCCAAAAUGUCCUUUAUGUACUAGGACAUCUUCUUACUGACAUUCACCUCUACUAUUUCAAUUUGCAAAAACAAAAGAUUAAAAAACUGUGCAAGAUGGAAGAAUGUAAAACCACAGCCGGGUUUUCUGGUUGCAUAAAUGCUUCAGAUCCUGAAAGCCCUUUUAAGCUUUUAGGGAAAACAAUCUUUCCCAACCCAAGCUAUGGAUGUUUUCUCAGCUCAUCAAGUUGGUGUUCAUCAAAUAUUCCAGAAAGUCUGCGAUUUACUUCCAGACCAGUUUCACUGGCACACCCCGAUUACAGAAUUGUUGCUGAAGUGACACUGGCUUCUACUGGUUUCUUAGAAGCAGCGUCUUUAGGUCAUCGUCUGGUGUGCCUCCUCAGCCUGAUCAAAGAUUCUGGAUCUCUGCCUGCUUUUUUCAAUGACAGUCAAAGCUGUUUUCUUGUCAUCUUGAAAAAGAUAAUCUCUGCCUCAGAAAUAUACUUACAACAUGCUGUAAGUCAGAGAGAAAUUUCCAUUCAGGCUCAAGUGAUCGCUGCUGAACAAAGUGAUCCUUUGUCUGUAGAAAGUUUGCCUGACAAACAUUUGGAUAAAGAAAAACAGGAAACCAACUUUCCAAAGCUACGAAAUCCCCAGUUGUUUAUAAUACAAGCUCUGAUAGAGGAAACAGCAGUUGUCAAAGCCAUUCUUUCUGUUUUGAUACCUGAGCACAAGAAAGCCCCACAGUUCUACACCAUUCUCAAGGACACAUUCCCUAUAGUGUCUCAGUUUCCAGAUUUCAGAAAAUAUAUUCAGGAAAGAGAAAAAGAUCAACUUCAACAUGCAGUUGUAGAAGAGCUGCUAGAAGUUUCCCUCUAUUGUGACACAGAAGUCAUAAACCAAGCUCUUACUCUCUAUGAGGCGCUGCAGUUCUCUCAAAUGGUCGUUCUUAUAGGCCCCUCAGGUAGUGGGAAAACAUUCUGUUACAACAUUUUGGCUGGGGCAUUAAACCGACUGGCUGGCAUAAAUAUGCAGGGAUCAAAUAAUAUAAAUAACAGAGAUUCCGCAAAUGUAGAUCCACACGUCCCUCCGUUGAACUGGUGCUACAUUGACACUUUGGUCUUUUUUCCUAAUGCUAUGUCCCACAAUGAGCUAUUUGGCUAUUCUUGUAAAAAGAGAGGAUGGAAAGAUGGAGCUGUUGCCAAAGUACUUAAAGAUUCAGAAAGAAGAUGCUUUGAUACCCACAAAAAUGAGAAAGACAGUAAAGAGAUACAAUUAGUGAAGUGGCUGGUAAUGGAUGGAGAACCUGUGGGUCGACCUAGCUGGCUGGAUUACUUAACUACGCUGGGCGAUUCCCAGGAUCCACAUCUAUGUCUGUCAUCAGGUGAAACAGUCUUAGCUCUGUCACAACUGAAUCUACUUUUUGAGAUCACUGACCUAAAAGAUGCAAGUCCCUCUGCUGUCACUCGCUGUGGCCUUGUUUAUUUCACACAGCCUGAUCUGUGGAAGGCCAUAUGGAAGACUGAAAUUAAGACUCUCUCGAAUGAGCAUAAACUGAGUCAAGAGGUCCAAAAAAUGUGGAAUAGACUGGCUGAUGACCUUUUCUCAAGCACACUAAGCUUGUUUGGGCAACAUGCUUUAACUUCUGCAAAUCAUUUUGAAAAGGGUUCAUGUGAAAACCAUGGACUCCAGGAAAUUACAUCCUUCACGAGGAUCCUGCGAGCACUUCUGCAACAUUUUGUAAAGGAACUGAAUAAAAUAAACACAAAACUCCAAAAGGGCAAGACAGGUGAAACUGUUAACCAAAGCACUGAAGCUCAAGGUGAUAACGAGCUUCUCGCAAGAAACAUUUUCUUGGUGGCUUAUGUUUGGGGAUUUGGUGGACAUCUACACUCUCGGUAUUGGCCACAAUUUAACGUGUUAGCCCGCCAAGUUCUGGUUGGUUCCAGGUACAAAAUGCAAGUUCCAAAUGAACACAGUUUAUUUGAACACUUUAUUGCCAACAAUGGUAAAAUGUGUUCCAGUUCAGAUUUUAUUACUCCAAAGCUGGGGACUUACCGGCAUCUUCUUAACUUAAUGCUGAAGGAAAACCAGCCAGUGCUUCUUGCAGGGGAGCCAGGUUCUGGGAGAACCACUCUGAGCAACAGCUUAAGUUUUGAUCAGCCCUCAGUUAAACUUACAGCAGGUCCACUCCUAAGCCGCAGAGACCUGCAUAUCAUAAUGAAAAAUAUUGGCAGUCAGAAGAACAGUAAAGAUAAUAAGUGUUCAGUACAAAAACUGCGAAGUCUGCUUCUAUUAGUGGAUGAUUUGCAUGAAGCCCCCUGUGAUGUCUUCGGUAAAGCAUCAACAGUUUUGGAGACACUACGUCAAAGUAUGUCAAAGGGAGAGAUUCUGACAUUUGACUCCUACUCCUUUGAAUCUCUAAGUUCAGGAGCCGUCAACUAUUUGACUACGGCUGAUAUCUCCACACUGGGUGAUCCCGGGAGUCAUGGAAUAUCUUUACGACUCUCACGACUUUUCUCCAUCUUUGUGCUCCCAAGCCUUUCUGAAGAUACUAUUUUUUCUUUCUAUUCUCCAAGGCUAAAAAUGUGGCUUGGAAAAAUACCACUUACUUGUAAUGCAGAGGAAAUGUCAAACUGUAUCAUCACUGCAACAAAAAAUCUUUAUGAUGCUGUUUGUGAAAAAUUUCAGCCCAGGGCAGAGAGACCAUUCUUUUUGUUUUCUCAUCAUGACAUUCAGAAGGUGUUUUCAGGGAUGUACCUGUGGAAGCACAACAUCUUAAGCACAGAAACCCAUGAAGACAAAAACUUGCUUCCGAGCUCUUAUUCAUCCCCAUCAACUGCUUCAGUAGCAGUUCUUAACAUAAUACAUCUCUGGAUGCAUGAGUGCAUGCGUACCUUCAGUGAUAGGCUCUGCUCAGAGGACGAAAUGAAUGUUUUUCUGUCCCUUGUUGGCAAGACAGCAGCAACCCAUUAUGGAUGCCACUUUAUUGAAAAAACUCAUGUGAACACCCUGAAAGUUGAAGAUGAUCAACCUGUGGAACCUAAAUGUACUUCUCAUUCAAAGGAUCACAAUUAUGAUGCUAAAAGUCGACAUCAAGGGAUGAUUCCAGCUGAAUGGUCCGAUAGUCAAAAAGUUCAAGCGGAGAUUUUAUCUAGAGAUUUUUCCAGAGAGGAAGCAAACCCAGAAAGUCGCACAGUACGACUAGAUUGGCAGAUAGAGACAGACAUUCCUAGACUUGUGUUUGCUCCUGAGUUCUUUGAGGCGUCGAAAUAUGUAAGACAACCAGAAAACAUUAAAGAUAUAUGCUUGUAUCAGCAGCAAGAGAUUGAUGUACUACAGCAAAAGCUGCAUGAAUUCUUAGAUAGAAAAGUCAGUGGUGUCUUCAACAUGUCAAGCAGAUACAUUGUGCACAGACAAGGGAUGAGUCAGCUACUUCACAUCUUCAGGGCUUUACUCCUACCCGGAGGUCAUGGACUGCUGAUUAGAUCAGGCAGGAGAACAGGGCGUAAGACUGCUGUACGUUUAGCUGCCCACAUCGCAGGUUAUCAGGUAUUAGAAUUACGUUCUGAUAACGAGUCUGAGUUCCAUGAAAUCUUAAAAGAAGCAAGGACUAAAACCAGUGUGGACAGAGUGAAUGUCGUCAUUCUGGUCCAUGAAAACAUCAGUCCCUCUGUGAGAGAAGAAUUACUGAUGGUUAUGGCCCAGAAAGCAUUCCCAUUGCUUUACAGAGAAGAAAGCUUGGGUAACCAUGUUUUCAAAGUGACUUCGCUGAAACACCAAAGGAAAUACCUACAAGAAAGUUGGAUAAAUGAAAAGUCUUUGGGUGAAGAAUAUAAAAAUGUCCAUGUGUUCCUGUUGAUGCCUUUUGCUCAAAUAGUACAAAGUGACAUAACUGCAAAUAAAGAAACACAUGAUUGGAGUGUACAGCUGUCCAAAGCCCUGAAGCUCAGCUGCUGUGUGGAAGUUUAUCAGCCAUGGUCUAGUCAGUCUUUGGCAGAAGUAGCUGUGAAGUGUCUCAGAAUGUGUCCUAAUGAAACGACCAAAGAUUGUUCCGUGGGAAGCUUAUCUGUGGCCAUUAGAGGAAUCCAUCAGUCUGCAUGUCGGCAUGCUUCCGUAUUUCUAGGAUAUGAACCAUUCGGCCCUUCGACUUAUCUUGAGUUUAUCACCUGCUUUGGCUCUCUUUGCAGCAAACUGUAUAACCAGUGGAAAAACAAACACAGCAGGAUUACCACAGCUCUAACUCAUUUGGAUGCUGUGAGGAACGCAUCUGAACGGUGUAAAAAACAUCUAGUACAACUUCAAGAACAGGUUGAUAAAUCACAGCAGAUGAUGGAAGAAAUCAUGGGAAUUAUGGAAGAGAAGAAGGGUCAGCUUGACAUAGCUGUGAAGAAAUUGGCUGUUGGGGAGAGAAAACUGAAUCACCUGGCAGAGCAGAUUGUACAGUCUCAAAAUAUGAUAAAAUCAGUUUUCCUCUCAGGCCUAAAGAUUGCGAAAUGCCUGAAUCAGAGUGAUCUGGAGGAGGUCCGACAUUACAGGGAUCCACCUGACGUGGUGGUGAAGGUCAUGAAUGCUGUUUGUUUGAUGUUUAAACGUCCAGCAGGCUGGGAGAGUGCCAAGCAACUCCUCGGACAGCCCAACUUUUUUCAGGAGCUGGAAUUCUUUGAUCGCUCAAGUUUGACAAAUGAGCAGGUGCGACAGCUUGGACAGAUAGUUCAAAGUCCUGAGUUUUUACCAGAGUCCGUCCGAGAGGCCAGUGAGGCCUGUGAGUCCCUGUGCAGAUGGGUCCAGGCUGUAUACGAGUACUGCCAUGUAGAACGGAACAAGUCGGACAAACAACAGUUAGAGGAUGAGGCUGAAAAGGCACGACAUCAGCAGCUCUUGUUGGCGCGGCAAAAGAAGAAGGCCAUCCAGCGUUUAGAGGACACUGAGCUUCGGCUUCGGAAAAUUAGAAUUGAGCUCGAGCUCCUGAUGCCUCAGCUGUAUAAAGCUCAGGACCAAGAAGAAGAAGCUACUGCAUGUGCUUUGCAGGUAGAGAUGCAUAUCCAAAAAUGGAAAACUGCGUUUCAGGAGACAGAGUUGUGUGGUCAGAACAUACCUGGUGAUGCCCUUAUUCUUGCAGCCACCAUCUCCUAUUUGGGUCCAUUUGGGGCUGCUUUACGGUCAGAACUACUAAGCAAGUGGCAGGAACUUUGCCGCACUGGAAGUAUCGAUAUAAACCCAAAGGACCUCAGGAGCUUGCUGUUUAUUGACGUAGGCAGAGAAUCCAUUUCUCCAUCUCCUGGAUUUCCCAUCACUGUGAGUGAGAGGCUUCAGCUGCCUCUUGCAUGGAUUUUAGGGAUAAACGAAUGGCAGCUUGAGGACAGUCUGUCAACCAGACUUCUGGUUAAGCUGUUGCUAUGGGGCCAUAAAGAGGCCUGUGUUAACCGCUGGGCUCUUCUGGCAGACGUGGAGCAACAUUCAGAAAUGUGCUGCACUACAGGUACAAAAGCAAAGUUUGAGGAAGAGAUUGGGUUUGAGAUGGUUCUGAGUGCAGAUGAUCUGCAGCUCCUUGACAAGCUGGAUCUUGCUGCUGUAAAAGGAUGGAAAGUACUAGUAACUCAUGCGGAACGUGCAAAAUCUAGUCUGGGGUUUCUUGCAAAAUUGGUGCAUCCUAGACAACAGUGCUUUCAUGGCCCACAACAGCCUCUUCAGCCCGUUCAUCCUGAUUUCUGCCUCUUCCUCAGCACCCCUCUGCCUGUUAGACUUCUUAGCAGUGAGAUCGAUCCGUCCAUCUUGGCUCAAGUACUUGUGGUUGACCUCUCUCUGAGCUCAGAAGAAAUCCAGGAGCUGAUGCUGACACAGCUGUUGCAGUCUGAGUGUAGAGAGCUGCUGAUUCGACACACUCGAUCCCAGAAUUACAAUCAGUCUCUGCAGGCAAAACUGGCCUCAGCAGAGGAAGAACUGAUGGACUAUAUCCUGCGUACUGACAGCUUGCUAUUCAAAGAUUCGGAUUCUCUUCCUCGUUUGGCUGCUUGUCAAUUAGAAAUGAAGAAAAUACUUGCUGAGAAAGAGCAGCUGAGAGAAGAGCUGGAUUACCAUGAAUCCCUGCUAGCCUCCCCUCGUCAGUUAAUGAAGUUUGCUGUUGCCCUCUACCAGGCGCUGCAGGCGGUGUCCCAUCUUUCUCCUGCAUAUUUCUUUUCCCUGCAAAAUUUCAUGCAAGUGAUACAAGCGCCUUUCAGUGUAAAGGGCAGGUGUUUAGUGUCAUACACAACUGGAAAAGCACCAGAGAGCAUUUUACCAGAGAUGAUAAACACAAUGGUACACCAGCUACUCAUACAGUACACGCCGUGUCUCUUUAAAAGACAUGUUGCUGUGUUGAAGCUGUUGGUGUCUCUUACAGUGCUUGAGUUCAAUCAGCUUUGCUCCGAGGCGGAAAAGUUGGUCUUCCUUAGAGGUCUUAAAGGUAUAGAGCAGAACGCUGCUGAAAUAGCAACUUCAGUCAUCGUGUGUGAAACUGCUCGUUCCUCAGCAGACCUGCCUAACUGGAUACCCCCAAAUGUUCACUCCGAGCUGCUACUGUUGGAAAGGAUUCCCUGUUUCAACGGAUUGAUAGAUUCUCUCUCUGCCUCUCCCACACAGUGGCAGGAAUACCUAUAUUUGACUUCCUCUACCAUAGUAGGAAAUGUUCCUUGUUGCUCUCACUCUCACCUGUCGAUGCUGCAGAGGGCUAUCUUAUGGAAAACCAUGCGCCCAGAAUGCUUAGAGGAACUAGAAGACUCUAUAAAUGCCUGCUCACUUUGCUUUACUGCAAAAACAACAGUGAAUCCAGACGUCCUUUCAAACUGUUUGGCAAGAAUUGAUGGACCCAUUAUUCUUACAGUACAUACCUCAGACAGAGAUAUGCAGCCACGAAUUGAUCCUCUUCGUUUUAUAUAUGAGCUGGCCCAGAAAGACGGAAUGAAUAAGGUCCAGGUAAAAGUCAUUUGGUUGGGAGACCAUUGUGAUAAAGAGCUGGUCUUUUCUAAGCUGGACAAAGCCAUUAAUGAAGGUCAGUGGCUGGUUUUGAACAACUGUCAUCUUUUGGAUAACUGGGACGAUGAAGUGGUGUUGCGCCUCAGCCAGCUGACAACUUCCUUAAAAACGGAUAAAGGCCUGAUUCAUCCAUGCUUUCGAUUAUGGCUUGUCAAUCGAGAAAAUGCAGCUAAAUCUAUACCAGCUGUAGUGAGAAUGUGUGCCUUGCCACUUUGCUGUGACUCUCCCUGGGAUCUGAAGGAGGAGAUACAUUGCUCCUUCCAGCAGGUGUUUUCAGUCAGUCAGGCUCAGUCAUGUCCCGAUUUGUCAGAAGACAACAAGGAAGUACUUCUCCGCUGCGCUAUCUUCCAUUCAGUUCUGGUACAGAGGCAAACUUAUAAAGGUUUAAGCUUUGGAACACUGUAUCACUGGACUCAAGAGGACCUCCUUACCUUAUUAGAUGCAUAUUUUUCCAUUGCCAGUCAGUGCCAUGAUAAAUCUAAAGCCCUGCAUUACAUAGCUGCCAGUAUUGUUCAUGGCGGCCAUAUAUCAGAUUCUGCAGAUUCAGAGGUGGUGGAGAGUGUUGCCAAGUGUUGUUUUGCUACAGAGUCAGCCCUCUCAGACAGUGGACCAUUCAUCUCCUCAGAUUUGAUCAGCAUUUGUGGUAGCUAUGAUUUAUCAGCGCUAAUGCAAGUUGUGGAACAACAUUUCCGGGAUUUAUCUGUCAGUAAUCCCGUUAUGCUCGGAUUUGGUGCAGAUGUCGCCUCUGAAGUAGCCAAAAUAAAUAGCAACAAUUUAAACCUACUCCUUCAGGGCUCACAAACACCUUUAAUAACAGCUGGGAGUAUCAGCCCUAAACAUGAACCACCUGUCACUCUGCCAGCCUACAAUAAAGCAAGAGAGAGACUACAGGAUCUGAAGAUUUACCUCACUCACAAGGAAGAUGGAACGAUUAGAGACAUGGGAGCUUCUUCUUGCAGUCCCCUUCGUGACUUCCUCCAGGCUGAAUGGGAUGAUCUCACUGAUUUGGUAGCCUUGCUCCUCUCACAUCUCCUGCAGCCUAUUCAGUACAAGUCAUCCUCCUCCUCCCUGUUAUGGCUCACUGACUUGUCUCGGUUGGAGAAGAGGGCAGAGCUGCUCAGUGCGUAUCUUGGUCACUGCACUGCUUCAGAUCCAGCUGGUGCUUAUCGACUAGCAGCUUUUAAAAGGCCAAGACGCUUUCUGCUGGCAUUAAUGCAAGAGGCUGCUCGAAAAAAUUACAAAUACAUCAGUGAUAUAAUUCUACAAUUUCAGGUUUUGUCUGAGAGCACCAGCCUUGCCUUGCCUCCUCCAGAUGCCCUGUGUUUAUGUGGCCUGCAGCUGAUAGGAGCAUCGUGGGACUCAGAGAGAGGAGCCCUACAGGAAGCUGACUCCCCUGAGCCAUUUUCAAUGCCGGUUGUUUGUGUCAAGGCUCAAGUCAGGACCACAAACGAUGCACCUCCUGAUUUGAUUUGUGAAAACUCAUAUUUAACAGAUAUAGUCAAUCUUCGAGCUGCAGAAACAGAUCCUCAUUUACCAGUCUACAACUGUCCUCUCUAUCUGAAUGAAGAGUGUAAGAGUGAAACAUUGGAACUGAGUGAUGUCAACAUCAUCACAAAGGUUCCUCUCCAUGCCAUACUCAGUCCAGCUUUGUGUAGUUUGAGAAGGGUAACAUGGACCGGCAUCAUUAUGAAACUUUUGAGAAGUUUGGCAACAAUACUUUCCUGUUGCAUCUCGACAAUGGGAGGGCAUUUGGGCGUCAUUCAAAAGAUGAACCUUCAAUUUUAGCCCCACUGCAACAAUGCUGCAGAAUCCGUCGCUCCACUUGGCUGCGUCUCCGCCUGUUGUCUUUACCUCAGUACCACAUCAGUGAUGUCAUGAGAGCGUCGCUGGCGCAGGAUCCUCUUCACAAGGUGGCUCCUCUGCUAUCUGAGCCUCAC